GCAAGCAACUUCCGCAGGAACUUUCAGUUCAGAAGCCAGUCCUUCAGGAGGCCUUAUCGUGCAAGGGGGAGAUCAAGUGCGACUUUCAGCCAACCACCUCAGCAAAACUGAACAAUCUUCCAUUAGCAACAGGUAAACUCCAAGUCAAUGUCCCUAGCCCUCCCCAAGGACAAGAUAAAGGGAAUAAUGAAAGACUGCCACAGAAUACUAAACAAUCCAUAUGUGUCAGUCAGAACCCUAUCACGCCUAAUAGGAAAACUGUCGGCCUCUAUUCAAGCGGUAUUUCCUGCCCCUCUCCACUACCAGUCUCUCCUUCGAGCAAAAAACGUAGCUCUGAGACAGUCUCAAAGCUACGAAGUCAUGGUGUCUUUAAACCAGGCAGCUCAAGAAGAGCUACACUGGUGGAAAGACCAUCUAGCAGCCUGGAAUGGGAAAUCCCUACUGAAAAGAAAAGAAGAUCUCACCAUAGAGACAGAUGCCUCAAACCUGGGUUGGGGGGCAGCUUGCAGCGGAAUGUUGACCGGGGGAGUUUGGUCACAACAAGAACGUUUCCAACACAUCAAUUGCCUCGAACUCAUGGCAGGGGGGUUUGCAGUGAAGUCAUUUUGCAAAAACAAAGCCUCGAUACAAGUAAAAUUACUGAUGGACAACACAACUGCCAUCACUUACAUCAACAAAAUGGGCGGGCCCUCCCCAGUUUUAGCAAGUCUAGUUUACGAGAUAUGGCAGUGGUGUCUUCAGAAAAAUAUACAUCUCAGUGCACAUCACAUUCCAGGGGUUCUCAACACUUCAGCAGACCAAGAAUCCAGGGUCGACAGAGAUGCAGCAGAUUGGAAACUGAAUCCAAUCAUCUUUGCCACCCUGAACAGACUAUGGGGGCCCUUAGACAUAGAUCUUUUUGCCACCAGGUUAACAAACCAAUUACCAAGGUUUGUCAGUUGGCGGCCAGAUCCAGAAGCCGAGGCGACAGACGCAUUUUCAAUAGACUGGUCAAUAGUAAAAGGGUAUGCGUUCCCCCCUUUCAAUCUAGUGGGACGGUGUCUGUCGCAAGUCAAUUCACAAAAAGUUCACCGGUUGUGCCUAGUAACACCAGUGUGGGAAACCCAACCAUGGUACCCAGUACUUCUCGAGAUGAGUGUGGAUUUCCCAUGCUUGUUUCCCAAGGGAGCAUGGGUUCUGAACAAAGGGGAAAUGCCUCACCCCAUUGCCCAUCUCCAACUAGCCGGGUGGCUUAUCUCAGCAAACAGUACUUGUCAAUGGGAGUUUCAAAACAAGCUCAAAACCUGCUUGUCUCCGCUUGGCGCAACCAGACCUCUAAGUCAUACCAGUCAGCCUGGAACUUGUGGAGUAGCUGGUGUAAUCAACAAGAAAUUGAUGCCUUUUCAGCCUCUGUGCAACAAGUAA